AUGAAGUGCUACCGCCUCUGCGUGUUUGACCCCUCAGCCUGUCCUACAGGCGACAGCUGGCCCUACGUGCCACCUGCCCCUCCGGGUUCAGGUCUGCCCUCCCCCUGCUUUACAGAUGCAGCCCGCGGGCCCCGGCGGCUGAUGCGCGUGGGCCUAGCGCUGAUCCUGGUGGGCCACGUGAACCUGCUGCUGGGGGCCGUGCUGCACGGCACUGUCCUGAGGCACGUGGCCAACCCCCGUGGCGCUGUCACACCGGAGUACACCACCGCCAAUGUCAUCUCUGUGGGUUCAGGGCUGCUGAGUGUUUCCGUGGGACUUGUGGCUCUCUUGGCAUCCAAGAACCUUGUUCGUUCACCACUGCACUGGGCCCUGCUGGCCCUGGCUCUAGUGAACUUGCUCUUGUCUGCUGCCUGCUCCAUGGGUCUUCUCCUUGCUGUGUCACUCACUGUGGCCAAUGGUGGUCGUAGACUUAUUGCUGACUGCCAUCCAGGACUGCUGGAUCCUUCCAUCCCACUGGACCAGGGGUCUGGUCACACGGACUGCCCCUUUGACCCCACAAGAAUCUAUGAUACAGCCUUGGCUCUCUGGAUCCCUUCUCUGCUUAUGUCUGCAGCUGAGGCUGCUCUAUCUGGUUACUGCUGUGUGGCAGCACUCACCCUGCGUGGAAUUGGGCCCUGCAGGAAGGAAGGGUUUCAGGGGCAGCUAGAGGAACUGACAGAGCUUGAACCUCCUAAAUGUAAACAGCAGGAAAAUGUGCAGCUACUAGAUCAACAUCAAGAAAUCCAGGAGUCACAGAAAACCUGGGUUUAGGACAGGUAAAGGGCCCUGAGAGUGGGGGUCUGGGUUAGAGAGGGGACAUGGAAGUGUUCUUGGGACCAGGGCUAGUUCUUUACUGUGCUGCUCCUCUCUCUGACCUGGAUUGGUUCUUCCUUUAUCAGGCAGGUGAUGUUCCAAGGCUCAGUCCACAAGUGUUUUCCACUAAACAAGGGGCCCUGACACCAGGAUGGUAUCGAUAAUUGUAAUAAAGAACUUCUCUUUUUUCUA